AUGAACCAAUAUGCAAGUCCUGAAAAGGAGAACGGGUUUGGAUAUGGCUCCCCGUUAUGCACUUUAAGUGCUAUACCUCAUGGGAUUGGUGACCUUUACAAAUUAGAGACACUAUACUUGGGCGCAAAUAAGUUAAGAGAUCCCUUCCCACUGGAGCUAUUCAACAUUUCAACUCUUAGAACAAUAUCCAUAGAAGAAAAUAAUUUUUCGGGCACUCUUCCUUCUGCUUUAGGUGUUACUUCACCCAAUCUUGAGAGGCUUCUUCUUGCAAAGAACAAAUUCACUGGAAUUAUAUCGCCAACUCUCUCCAAUGCCUCUAAAUUGAGGGAUCUAGAUAUGACAGGUAAUAAAUUUAUUGGUGCAAUUCCUGAUUCUCUUGGGAACCUAAGAUUCCUAGAACUCUUAUCUCUCUCAGGCAACAAUUUUACUCUAACUGGAGAUAUGGCCUUCUUCAGCUCUAUAGGAAAUUGCAGAUAUUUGAGAAACUUGCGGCUAGAUGAAAAUCCACUGAACGGCAAUCUUUCAGUGUCUAUCGGAAAUCUUUCCAACUCUUUUGUCUCAAUUAGUAUGUCUCAUUGUGGAAUUGGAGGCGAAAUUCCAAGGUCACUAGGCAACUUGAGCAACUUGAUCGCCAUAAACUUAGCUAGCAAUGGCUUCACAGGAACAAUCCCAAGUUCCAUCUCAGGUUUACUAAAACUUCAGUGGAUAAGUUUUGAAGGUAACAAAAUACAUGGACCAAUUCCUAGUGAGUUUUGUCAUAUUCCCAACUUAGCAUACCUAAUUUUGACAACCAAUAGGCUGUCUAGCAAAGUGCCCGACUGCAUAGGGAGCAUUUCUUCAUUGAGAUAUCUUUAUUUAAGCUCCAACAAUCUAACAUCUAGUGUACCAACAAGCUUGUGGAGCCUUAAUAACCUGUUGGAGCUUGACUUGUCCGUGAAUUAUCUCAAUGGGUCUUUGUCCUCCCAAAUUGGAAAUAUGAAGGCACUGACCUAUCUAGAUCUGUCAGUUAAUCAGUUAUCUGGUGAUAUUCCUAGCACAAUUGGGGCGCUACAGAAUUUACUGGUACUCUCCUUAGGGUAUAAUAACCUAGAAGGUUUAAUUCCAGAGUCCAUCAGAAAUAUGUUGGUGUUACAGUACUUGGAUCUGUCAUUUAACAAUUUAUCUGGUGUAAUACCUGCCUCACUAGGGAAACUCUUGGAUCUUCAGUAUCUGAAUGUAUCCUACAACAAACUACGAGGACCGAUUCCUCAAGGAGGACCUUUUAAGAACUUCACAAUCCUAUCUUUUCUUGCUAAUGAAGCAUUGUGUGGUGCUCCUUGGUUCCAACCUUGUCAAACUUCUCAACAUAGAUCAAGGAAAAAGAUACUCUUGCUUGUGUUGCUACCAAUAGGAUCUGCUGUCCUAGCCUUGGCCAUUUCACUUUUGUUGAUAAAAAGGUUGACAAGAAAGAAAACUACGGCUCCAGCUCCUGAUUUGUUUCCAAAAACAACAUAUCAAAGGGUAUCCUACCAUGAACUUCGACGAAUAACAAAUGGUUUCAGCAAGAGUAAUUUGCUUGGAUCUGGGACGUUUGGUUCAGUUUACAAAGGGGUAUCUGCAAAUGGGAUAAUUUGGGCUAUAAAGGUUUUUAAUAUGCAGCUUGAUGGCAUAUUGAAAACUUUUGACACAGAGUGUGAAGUCUUGUGCCGCAUCCGUCAUAGAAAUUUGAUCAAAGUCAUUAGCGCUUGCUCUAAUCUGGACUUUAAAGCUUUGGUACUAGAAUUCAUGCCUAAUGGAAGCCUGGAGAAGUGGCUUCAUCUUGACCACCACGUCCUGAGUAUCAUGCAAAGAUUGGACAUCAUGAUUGAUGUGGCUCGUGGGUUGGAAUAUCUUCAUUAUGGAUGA